GCAUUCCUUCGUACACCCACCCAAACUAACCAGCGUAGAUUGGUCUGUGACGAGAACCGGGUCACCGGGAAAAAAGGAAGGAAAAUAUCAAGAGAAAACGAAGGGUAGUUCUGUAAAUUUCUAAAGAUAAAAUAAUCUUUUCAAUCCUAUAGCCGACUGCUGAGAGAUAGAGGGAAAUACUGUUACGUGUGCUCCAAGCGAAAACACGAAAGGUUUAUUAUUUUUUCUAUUUCCCACACUCUUCAGCUUCUUCAGAAUUGGAAAAUGAUUUUCUUAUACAGAGAGAAAAAGGAAUCUAAGCUUUGAACUGGGUCUGCUUUUUUAUUUUUGAAAAAUUAAGGAAAAAAAGGUUUUUCUUUUGGUUGGUUUGAGUUUUUUGGUUAAUUGUAGAUGAUGAUGAUGAUGAUGCGUAGAAGAGUUGUUUGAGUAAAAUGGGUAGUUGGGGUUUUGGAUUUUGAGCUGUGAAUCAGUUACAGAGUGUUUUAAAAAAAAAAAGAGAGAAAGGGAAAUGAGGAAAUUGUUUAAGGAUUCUCUUAAGGCCGUUGAAGCUGAUAUUCAAUUCGCCAAUUCCCUGGCUUCUGAUUAUCCAAGAGAAUAUGAUGGUGCCUGCCUUCAGAUGAGAUUGUCUUACAGCCCAGCUGCUCAUUUUUUUCUUUUCCUUGUUCAGUGGACUGAUUGCCAUCUUGCUGGUGCCUUGGGGUUGCUUAGAAUUCUUAUGUACAAGGUAUAUGCUGAUGGGAAAACCACCAUGUCAAUUCAUGAAAGGAAAGCUAGCAUAAGAGAAUUCUACGGGGUGAUCUUUCCCUCACUAUUGCAACUUCAAAGAGGAAUUGCCGAUGUGGAUGACAGUAAACAGAAGGAAAUUUUUGCUGCAAAGUACAAGAAAAGGGAUGAAAUGAAUAAAGGAAAGCUCUCUGAAAUUGAUUUAGAGAGAGAAGAAGAAUGCGGAAUUUGCAUGGAGAUGGACGGCAAGAUUGUAUUGCCCAAUUGCCACCAUUCAAUGUGUAUGAAAUGCUACCGCACUUGGCGUGCAAGGUCUGAGUCAUGCCCCUUCUGUAGGGACAGUCUCAAAAGAGUAAAUUCGGGUGACCUUUGGAUAUAUAUGAGCAGCAAUGACAUUGUUGAUUUGUCCUGGAUGUCGAGGGAGAAUAUGAAGCGUCUCUUCAUGUACAUUGAGAAGUUGCCCCUCAUUGUUCCAGAUCCAAAGAUUGUUUCUUAUGAUCCACAACAUCAUUGAUCACUUAUUAUUUGAUUGGAUUUUAGCACUGUAAAUAACAUAUGGUUCAUUGUAGAUUUGAGUCUUUUUUUUUUUUUAAUUUCAUUGUAGUAAAUUUAAAAGCUGUAGAUAAACAUUCUUUGCUAUUAGGGUACGUUUUUGUAAGAAGCUGUCAUUUGAUUAUUGACACAAAUGUCCGUCUGUCCUGUAUAUCUCAAUGGUCGUUGCAGAUCACUUGUAGACAUACAAGAUAUAGAAAUGGUUAUAUAAUGUUUGGGUUGCAUUCCCCCCGUUUUGUUUAUUGUGACACAAUAUUGAUGACGUGUAAAAUAUUAAAAUAUAU